AUGGCAUCCUCAUCAUCAUCUUUUCUGGUAUCACCUUCAAUAUCAACAGGAAAUAAUCGUCGUAUUGAACUUGCUGGUAUGGAUCUAUGGCUAUUAGCACGUAUUGAUAAUGUAUUUGUCUAUCCAUCUGAAAUCAAAAUUGAACAAUUUAAAGAAGCACUUAGUCGAACUCUUUCAUUAUGGCCAUUUGUUGCUGGUCGUAUUCUAUUAGAGAAUAAUCAACAUUACAUCAUUGAAAUGUGUGAUAAUCCUAUUCCAGUAACAUUCGUCAUUAAUAAUGAUUUGAAAGAAUGGCCUCUCGAUUCAAAUGCUGUUGUAGAAGCAGAUAACAAACAAUUUCCAACAUUUAUUGAUCAAGUUGAUGUAACAAAAUUCUUUAAUAAUUCACCCGUCGAUGAACCAUUUGUUCGUUUUAAAUUAACUCAUAUUGUACAAAGUGAUGAAUGGAUAUUAGGUAUUAGUUGGUAUCAUCCACUAGGUGACGCUACUGCAUGUCUACAUUUUUCUAAUACAUUAUCACGAUUUUAUCAACAAAUGGAACCUACAAAACCAUUACCAAUAUUUGAACGCCGUUUAUGGCGAGAAGAUGAAGCUGAUCAAUCCGUUUUUUCUAUACCAAAACAAUUUCAAGAUGCUCAAUCGUUAGAAGAAGCUGGAAAAAUAUAUGGUGACCAUCAAUUAAAUUAUGCUCCAAUAAAUUUGCAUUUCUCCAGUAAACAACUUGCUACAUUACGAACGUUAGCUGGUAGUGAUAAUAUAACAAUACAAGAUGCACUUACAGCUUAUAUUAUUUUAACAUUAAAUACAAAUUGUUAUUAUAAUAAUGAUGAACGUCGUAUUUUACAUACAGUUACAGUUGUUAAUUUUCGUGGCGUUUCAGAUUCCAUUGCUCCACAAGGUCAAGUUUCGAAUUCUUUAUUCAUGAUGUUAUCAAAUGAUUUCGAUGAUCCAUAUUCAUUAUCAAGUAUUGCAAAAACAGUACGUCAAUCAAUUAUUCAAUUACGUAAUCCCGAAAUUCUUGCGUCUGGCAUAGCUACUAUUGAUGGAUUUAUGAGAAAGAAUGCUAGAGAUAAGAAAUUACCAAAUCCACGACUCAUUACAAAUGAAUUUGCUGUUAAUUCAAAUUAUCGAUUUGAUUGGGCUGGUUUAGUUGAUUUUGGUUAUACAGAUCAGUGUCGAUUUUAUACAAUUUGGUCAGGGGCAUUAUAUUUACGUGCAUUCCGUCUUAAUCCAGAAAAAGAUGGCGAAAAAUGGUUACCAAGAGAUCGAGAUGGAGCUGAAGCAUCAUUUCGAAUAGAAAAAGAUUUGAAAGAAAUAUUUCUUAAUGCAUGUAAACGAGAUUUUAUUGAAAAUUUUCAAAAUAUUAAGAAAUAG